GUUUUGGGAUGACAACACCGCGGACUGUGCCUGGCAAAAUAGUACUCAUCUUUUACGGAUUCUUCGGCUGCGCUGGAGCUAUACUUUUCUUCAACCUGUUCUUGGAGAGAAUCAUCACCUUUUUGGCCUACAUCCUCAGAGCGAUCCAUGAACGCCGCCAAAGAAAGAACGGCAUGGGGGAAAGUGGACGUCGUUCAAGCCAGACUUCAGAGGACGAACAGUUAGAUUCCUGGAAGCCUUCUGUGUACUGGGUGAUGUUGAUCUUACUGAUAGGAGCCCUAAUGGUAGCGUUAAUUGCUUCGGCCAUGUAUUAUCCCGUUGAAAACUGGACGUAUUUUGAAGCCAUGUAUUUUUGUUUUAUCGCUUUCGCUACGAUUGGUUUUGGAGAUUAUGUUGUUAGUCAGAAAGCUGAAUAUCCACAUGUAGUUUUUUACCGUUUAGGGAAUUUCAUCUUCAUCGUGCUCGGUUGUUGUUGCAUUUACAGCCUCUUCAACGUCAUGUCCAUCAUUAUCAAGCAGGUGCUAAACUGGAUGCUCCGAAAACUAAACUGCGAAUGUAGAAUUCGAAGACCGCCUAUGACUCGUCGCAACGCUAUUACCCCAGGACAUCUCCAAAAAAGUAGGAGAGGAACUGCGUCGCAAGAAGGCAGCAAAGGCCCUAUGGUAACAGUCACCGACGGGGAAGGAGACAGCGAUUCUGAGUACCGCAGAAAUUCAGGGGAGAUGAUUUCCAUGAAAGACUUCCUGCAGGCCAACAAGAUCAGUUUGGCCAUGAUGCAAAAGCAGCUGUGGGAGACAGCACAACGGCAGAGUUCAUAUCACAAUAACAACAGCGGUUUCCAAGGCGGUGUAGGACCAUUAGCCAUCCUGAACAGAAAGCUCGGUCAAGAUGAGUAUGACCCCAGCAUGUGA